AUGGCCAAGAAGAACCUCACUUCAGUUACAGAAUUCCUCCUUAUCGCAUUCAUUGACUAUCCUGAAUGGGCACUUCCUCUCUUCCUUAUGUUUUUAUUUAUCUAUCUCAUCACGUUGUUGGGAAACCUGGGCAUGAUUUUUUUGAUCCACACAGAUCGCCGGCUCCAGACCCCAAUGUACUUCUUUCUGAGUCAUCUCUCUUUCAUGGACAUCUGCUAUUCCUCUGUCACUGUGCCUCAGAUGAUGGCUGUGUUGAUGGAGCAUGGGUCCACAUUAUCCUACACGCGUUGUGCUGCUCAAUUCUUCCUCUUCACCUUCUUUGGCUCCAUCGACUGCUACCUGCUGGCCCUUAUGGCCUAUGACCGUUAUGUGGCUGUUUGCCAACCCCUGCUUUAUGUCACCAUCAUUACACAGAAGGCCCGUGUGGGUUUUGUGGUCGGUGCUUACAUAGCUGGUUUCUUCAGUGCCUUGGUGCGGACUGUCUCAGCUUUCUCGCUCUCUUUCUGUGGGAACAAUGAGAUUGACUUCAUUUUCUGUGACCUGCCUCCUUUGUUAAAGCUGACCUGUGGGGACAGUUAUACCCAGGAAAUGGUAAUUAUUGUGUUUGCCAUUUUCGUCAUCCCUGCCUGCAUGGUGGUGAUCUUGGUGUCCUACCUCUUUAUCAUUGUGGCCAUUUUGAGGAUCCCAUCAGCUGGAGGUAGAGCCAAGACCUUCUCCACUUGUGCCUCACACCUCACUGCUGUGUCUCUCUUUUUUGGCACCCUCAUCUUCAUGUACCUGAGAGAUAACUCUGGCCAGUCCUCACAGAAGGAUCGGGUGGUGUCUGUGUUCUAUACAACUGUGAUCCCCAUGUUGAACCCUCUCAUUUACAGCCUGAGGAACAAGGAAGUGAAGGAGGCUCUGAAGAAAAUCCUUAACAGAAACAAGUUGCCCUAA